UUAAUUUUAGGUUAGGAAUUCCAAAACUAUGAAACCGUUUUAAUAUUUGUCUCCAAGUAAAAUGAAAUAUAAUUGCUUUAUUUAUAAUAAUAGCAUUGUUAACUUUUCGAUCAAUUGCUAUUAUUUAUCAUGCAGAUAAAUUUGAUAUUAUCUGUGAUUCUAACAAUCGCCGUCUUCGGCAUACAAAUAUCCUCACAUCCAGUCCUUAUGCACAAUAUAUUGGUACAUUUCCUGAAACCUGUAAGCAGAUGUCAACAAGAGAUGGGUCUUCCCGACACUAUAUACAAUGAUUUCUACAACUUUUGGUCUGAAGACUACGUGAUCACCAACAACGCAACAGGUUGCGCGUUCAUCUGUAUAGCGGCACGACUUAACCUCAUCGUCAACGGACCCAAUUCGCACAUCAACUUGAACACUUUCUUCCAAUAUAGCAGAAAGCGUGGCGCUGACGAUCAAACCGCAAAACGACUCUUGCAACUUUUACGAUAUUGCGAGGGACAGAGCCGAGAUGAGACGGACACCUGCAUGCGAGUCGUGCAUUGCGCAAACUGUUUCAGAAGGGAAAUACACGCUCUCAACUGGGCACCAAAAGUUGAGGAGAUACCAUGAUGAAAUUGCAAUGUUUUCGUGAUCAUAAUGAGUGACCUGACCAAAGGUUUACAGUCUAGUUCACACGACAUGUCUAGAUUGUGUUUGUUUAUCGCGAGUUUCUGAUCCCAAUUUUCUCUUCAUCCCAUCCCAUUGGUAUAUGACAAAGUAGUUUCAAAAGCAGUCAAUAAGUUUUACGAUUUGAAUUUAACAAUAUUCUUCAAAUGAAAUAUUAUGGGAUGUUCAAGAUGAAAAUGGAAGCCGUAAAAUGGUUAUAACGUAAAAUUUUAAUCUGGCACUUUUUAACGACUUUAUUUUUAUUGUGUUGAAAAUCUUCG